CCCGUGUAAAGCCCCUAGGCAUCAGUAGCUGUUUGAAGCUUCAGCUGAGCAGCAGCAGCAUCAUCAUCAUCACCACCGUCGUCAGUAGCCAAGUGUAUUUUUCCUAGCGAUUUGCAUUGCGCGAUCUGUUCCUGGCCAGUUUAAUUAGUUGCAGAGCGAGCUGAGCUUCACGAGCUUUUGAGAGACCCCUGCUGCGUGCCAUGGCUUCCCACCAGGACAAGGCUAGCUACCAGGCCGGCGAGACCAAGGCUCGCACCGAGGAGAAGACUGGGCAGGCGAUGGGGGCGACCAAGGACACGGCGCAGCACGCCAAGGAGACCACCAAGCAGAAGGCGUCCGACUCCGACACCGGCAGCUACCUUGGCCAGAAGACCGAGGAGGCCAAGCACAAGGCCGGCCAGACCACGGAGUCCACCAAGCAGAAGGCCGGCCAGACCACGGAGGCCGCCAAGCAGAAGGCCGCCGAGACCACGGAGGCGACCAAGCAGAAGGCCGGCGAGACGACGGAGGCGACCAAGCAGAAGACCGCCGAGACGACGGAGGCCACCAAGCAGAAGGCCGCCGAGGCCAUGGAAGCCACCAAGCAGAAGGCCGCCGAGGCCGGGCAGUACGCCAAGGAGACCGUCGUCUCCGGCAAGGACAAGUCCGCCGGCGUCAUCCAGCAGGCCACCGAGCAGGUGAAGAGCGCGGCGGCCGGCGCCAAGGACGCGGUGAUGAACACGCUGGGGAUGGGCGGGGACAACAACAGCAAGCAGAGCGACACAAACACCGACAGCAGCAAGGACUCCUCCACCAUCACCAGAGAUCACUAGACACAUGCACACGCACUUCGUCCUGUACCAUGAUCCCGUUUGCUUGUUCAGGAGUCCAGUAUGUAUGCAUGUUUUCAGUGUCAUGAUUUUCGUUCUACGGAUUUGGUGCUGUAAGUUUAAUUCGCCGUUGCUGUGGUUCUUGGGUCAUGAAGAGUGUCUGUAAACGAGUCGCGUGGAAGUGUUCUUUGUUAUAAUAAAGUUGGUAAAGCCUAAUAUAUAGCAUGUAGCUUGUGGCCUAUA